AUGGAACGAGGUUAUGGUCAUUCCGUUUUCGGUUGGGGUGCUUUUACUCUCUCUUUAAGCUCAGUAUAGAUUUGUACAGUAAUCUUUUUGCCUUACACGUACACAACUGAUAGGGAAAAUAUAUAAGGGGUAAAAGGGAGUGAUCAUAUUUGGAUUAUGAAAGUUGCUUUCAAUCUCUGAAAACCCUUUUGGACAAUUACCAAAAUUUCAGUUUCAUUUUCCUUCUAUACUGCCACCAUUCAGGCCUCUCUCUCUUAUUUACUGUGUUCUAUUUCUAUCCUCCGUUAUUGUUAUCCUCUCAAGGUUUUUACACUCAAAAGAACUGGCAUCCUCUUCAGUGAAAAAAUGGGCAGCACUGAAAAUUGCCUUUGUUGGAACAAAAAUAGACACCUAGUCAGUUCCUUGCUCUUAGCACUUUUGUUUUCAAGCUUGACCCAAGCGAGAUUCAUGGCUGAAGGUAGAGGUCUGCCCAAGUUAGUUGAGGCUGCUCAAAAAGGGAUAGAAGUGAAGAAAGUGGCAAGGAUGGUGAGAACUCAGAUAGGGUCAAGGCCACCAAGGUGUGAGAACAGGUGUAGCUCUUGUGGGCACUGUGAGGCAGUUCAGGUUCCUAUUGUCCCACAAGUUCAAAACCACAGAAGAAGCCAAUUCUAUGCUUCGCGUGCAACCCCAAGUAUUGCAUAUUCUAGAGGGGAUGGCAGCUCUAACUACAAGCCUAUGUGCUGGAAAUGCAAGUGCGGCGACUUCAUUUUCAAUCCCUGAUUGAGCUAACAUGUUAUUAAGUAUUUAAGUAGUAGAUAGGAUAUGACCAAAAUAGUUGGAUUGCACACACACGAUCUCUCAUGCUUUGUAGAGUUCUCCUUUAAUCCAUAUUAUAAAACCCUAUUCCUACGCGUAUAGAUGGGGUUUGGGUUUGGAUUGAAAGAGUUGUAUUAUUCGUGGGUUUUUUUUGUUCAAUAAAUUUGUUAAUGUUUACAUUGA